GUCCGUCUCCUGGAACAUACAACCAUGCGGCUCAAUCGGGAUCGACACCCCCACCUUUGACCUUUCCAUUUCGAGUGACUUCACUAAUUUGUUGGGUCCAUCUUCACUGAUAAGGCUUAUUUGUAUCUCGAAUGAAUGCAUCGAAGAAGGAUCAUUGGCAUAUUCCUCUCCUAUGAGUCCUCAGACUGCCAGAAGCCUUCGUCACGAGCAGAAUCUAGACACAGACUUCCAAGGACAACCUUAAUCGGCACUGCUACGUCUGGCCACCUUGUAUUACACAUGACAAUCGGAUGAAAUCGCAAACCAAUUUGCAUUUUCGAGGUAGAGAAGCUCAGAGCAUAUCUCUGAACACUCUCUCUGGUCCAACCACAAACAACUUGAUCUCCCGAUUCAGCGUCAACCAUGGCACCAAUUCAGAACUCCAUUCCGGUUAUCGAUAUCGGUCCUUACAUCUCUCCCACUGCCUCCGUCCUUGAGCAACGAAAAGUCGUUGAAGUAAUUCGAGACGCCUGCAUCCAAUAUGGAUUCUUCCAGCUCGUUGGUCACGGAAUUCCACUUGGAGACCAACAACAAGCUUUAUCAUGUGCGAAAAUGUUUUUCGAUCUCCCCGUCGAGGAGAAAGUGAAGCUGAGCAUGAAGAAUGCGAUGAGUGAGUGCGGAAGGGGGUAUGAAGCUAUUGGUGGCCAGGUGUUGGAGGAGGGGAAGCUGCCGGAUGCGAAAGAGGGAAUAUACAUCGGCGAAGAAGUACCGCCAUAUAAUCCUAGAGCAGGCAAAUUUCUCCAAGGUCCGAAUAUGUGGCCCAAUCUACCUGAAAACAAAUACCGAAUUCCCAUCAUGGCAUAUCGUCAAAAGUUACUUCAUCUCGCUGAGACAAUCAUGACUAUUCUUGCUCUCGGCUUGCCCUACGGCCCUGAUGUCUUCAACGAAUUCAUGAAACAGCCAGUUGCUAACCUGAAAUUGCUACAUUACCCGCCUAAUGAAUCGAAAAGCAGACUCGGAGCUGGAUCACACACGGACUUUGGUUGCAUCACACUUCUUCUCCAACAGCCAGGAUCCGAAGGGCUUGAAGUUCUGAGUCCAUUAACAAACACCUGGAUUCCAAUCCCAUCAACAGCAGAUCGAUAUGUGGUGAACGUUGGUGACUUGCUGCACAGAUGGACCAAGGGGCAUUACAGAAGUACAGUGCAUCGCGUCGUGGAUGUCGGGAAGACGGAUCGAUACAGCAUCCCAUUUUUCUAUCAUGGGAAUCUUGCCACAACGAUAUCACCACUUGAUGGUAGUGUUUCUCUCAACGCCAUCACGGUGGAAGAACAUAUCAGGGGCAAAUUCAGGAAGUCAUAUAAGAUGGAUGAGAAGAGCCAGGAUGCAUGA